ACUCAACUUCUUCAGACUUCUUCUCCUCUCCAUCAAAAUAUGUACACACGUGUGUGAAAUCAAUUUUGUCAUUUGUCCAAGAAAAUUUACUUGUAUCCCAGUUCUUUUCGUAAUGAUUCAUUGCAAUUUUUGAAGAAGUAUUCCUAAUCUUUCAACUAUGUCUGCAAAGGAGGAAAAAGUUGUUGGUUUUGAGCUGGAUGAACCAGCAUCCAAGUCCAGCAGCAGAGCCAAGAAGAAAAAGAAGUCGCAGGGCUUUCAAGGAAUGGGUCUUAGCUCUAAUGUUCUAAGAGGAAUCGUCAAGAGAGGCUAUAAUUUUCCGACACCUAUUCAAAGACAGGCCAUUCCACAAGUGUUAGAUGGUAAAGAUGUUGUUGCUAUGGCACGAACAGGAAGUGGGAAAACUGCCUGUUUCCUUAUUCCAAUGUUUGAAAAAUUGAAGAUGCAUAGUGCAAAUGGAGUUCGCGCUUUGGUUUUAUCCCCAACAAGAGAAUUAGCCAUUCAGACAUUUAAAUUCUUCAAAGACCUUGGUCGGUUUACGGAUUUACGAGCCGUUUUGAUUUUGGGAGGAGACUCAAUGGACACGCAAUUUUCCACUAUUCACUCCUCACCCGACUGUAUCAUCGCAACUCCUGGUAGAUUUUUACAUUUGAUUGUCGAGAUGAAUUUAAGUCUGAAAAAUGUUCGAUUUGUGGUUUUUGAUGAAGCUGAUCGUCUAUUUGAAAUGGGUUUCGGCGAGCAGAUGAGAGAAAUCCUUCACCGAUUACCAGACAUUCGACAGACAAUGUUGUUCUCAGCAACUUUACCAAAAGUAAUCGUUCAUUUUACUCGUGCUGGUUUGUCAAAUCCAGUUCUUAUUCGAUUAGAUCUUGAUAAUAAGCUUCCAGAUACUUUAGAGUGCAAUUUCUAUAACUGUCGGGACGAAGAUAAACUUGCUGCACUAAUAUGCAUUUUGAAGAAAGUUAUCAAACCAGGAAGUUUAACUGUCGUAUUUGUAGCCACUAAACAUCAUGUAGAAAUGAUUCAUGAGGUAUUGGAUUGGAGUGGAAUCAAAAACACAUUCUUGUAUUCUGAUCUCCAUCCAUUAGCUCGAAAAAUCAAUGCUGCCAAAUUCCAGAUGGGGAAAGUUGAUGUACUCGUUGUGACGGACAUUGCUGCCCGCGGUAUCGACAUACCUCUGCUAGAUAGUGUCAUUAAUUAUCAUUUUCCGCCCAAGCCUAAACUAUUUGUACACAGAGUGGGUCGUGUUGCCAGAGCUGGUCGUCAGGGUACAGCUUACAGUCUCAUUAGCCAUGAGGAAACAUGCUAUCUUUUCGACUUACACCUAUUCUUAGGAAGACCUUUACAUUUAGCAUCCAUAGAGAAGGAAGAAAAUCCGCAAGAUUUCACCCUGGGUUCAAUACCGACUGAGCUCUUGAAUGAGGAAAUAGAAGAACUGAGGAACGCUUACACUAAUGUUAAAUUAGACCUGGAGUAUAAACUACAAGGAUGUACAAACGCUUUCAAGCAGUUCAACAAAUCACGUCCAGGAGCGUCAAAAGAAAGUGUAAGGCGUGCAAAACAGUUCAAGGCAUCGAGUCUAGGCAUUCACCCAUCAUUCUAUAAAGUCACUAACACAGAUUCAGAUGUUCUGAGCUUCCUAAAUAAAAUGAAAAAUUACAAACCAAAUAGGACAAUUUUUGAUAAGGUGAAAGAUUUUAACCAAACAGCAAAAGAUAUCCAAUUUGGGUCAUGGUUCCCAGCACAGAUAGCCAAACAGAAGGAAAAGAAGGAGAAAGCAGAUUCCUUGCGCGGUUUACACGAUUCCAAUGCAGAGGAUUUUGAAAAGAAAGUUAUCAACAUGGAAACAUUCCCGAAAAGAAUUCAAAUGCAUGUGGACUCAGAUUAUUAUAUUCGACAUGCACCAGAUGAUGAACAAACUGAAAAAGGCCUUUCAUUGGAUGAUGGUCGUCAGAAUAUACAGCGCGCUGCUAUGGACAUAACUGCGGAUGAUGACGUCUCAAUAAGGAAACAAAAGACUCUCAUUAAAAAGUGGGAUCCAAGCUCAAAAAAAUAUGUGUUUAAAAAUACUGAUACGGUCAAGAAAGUCAAAUCAGAGUCCGGUUAUUGGAUUCCUACCUCUUACAAGAGUGGACGAUAUGAUAAAUGGGUAGAGAAGAACAAGAUCCAAGAGGAGAGCGAAGAUAGUGAAGACGAAACAGUCAAUCCCUACAAAAAGAAACCUACAAAACCAUCAGGUUUGGUCACUCACGUAAACACACAUUGGGCUCGGCACAAUCAGAAAAUUUUGAACAAGUCAAAACCUAUACUAAAAUCCAAAGACAGCAUUAUGAAGCAAAGGAAUAUCAAGGAAAAAAUGAAAAAGAAAAAUAAAAAGAAAACUAAGAAAUAAAUCAUAGUUUGUCUGACUAA